AUGGCGGCAUGGCUGCUACGAGAGGUGUCCAAGGGGCACGCCUCCCCAUGGGCUCCCUACCUCGCCACCCUGCCCCCCCACGUGCCGCUGCCGUCCCUCUUCCCGCUCGCCACCAUCCAGCAGCUGCAGUGGCGCCCCACUGAAGCCAUGGCAGUGGCGUAUCGACACGCGUACGAGCAGGAGUACCGGCGGUGCGCCCCUGACUUCAUCGCCCAUUCGCCCCUCUCCGCCUUCCUCUGGGCCAUGACCGUCAUCUCCUCUCGCACCUUCUCCUCCCCUUCCCCUCCCUCCUCGCCCUCCUCCGCCUCCGCUGACCCCUCCUCUUCCUCCUUGCCACCUUCAGCCGCAGCAGCAGCGCCAGCGCCAGCAGCAGCAGCAGCAGCAGCGCCAGCGCCAGCAGCAGCAGCUGCGGCAUGUGAGGAGAACAGCUGGGGGGCGCUGCUGCCCCUGGCGGAUCUGAUGAACCACAGCGAGCACUACAACGUCACAUGGACUCGAGCCUCAUCAGGCCACUACAUGUUCCACGCCAUUGCCCCCAUCGCCCCCGGUGCCGACCUCCUCACACACUACGGCGUGCGUUCCUCCCACUCCUUCCUCCUCUCCUACGGCUUCUCCCCCCAUCCCAACUCCUUUGACUCCCUCCCCCUCUUCCGCUCCUCUUCUGACCUGCUUGAGUUCUUCGCGGAGCAUUAUUUCCCCGGGGAUUUUGGGGAGGAGGAUGGGGAGGUGGCGAGGGGGGUGAUGGGGGAGGUGGAGGAGAGUGUGAAGAGUGUGGGGAGGGUGGUGAGGGUGCUGAUUGGGGCUGUAGAGGAUGGAGGUGGGGAGGGGGUGGGGGAGAGUGGGGAUGAGUGUGAGGGGAAGGGUGAGGGGGAGCGGGAGGGGAAGAUUGAUGGGGAGAUUGAGGGGGGAAUUGAAGGGGAGAGGAAGAAGGAGACUACUAGACGAAUUGAUGGGGGAAACGGUGGGUGUAGCGGUGGGGAGAGAAGGGAGAGGGUGACCAUUUGUGAGGGGGGCGUGGAUGGAGAAGAGGAGGAGUUGGUGCAGAUCGGUUGUGAUGGGGGGAGUGUGAUGGAGGGUGGUGGGAGUAGUGGUGGAGAGAAGGUGGAAAACAGAGGCUCUAGAUGUGAAACUAGCUGUGCAAGGUGUGAGGAUGGGCAAGAGGAGGGAGCUGUGGUGGUACUGGGUGCUGAUGAGGAGGAUGGGGGGAGAGGGAGGGCAAGAGAGGAGAGGAGCGGAGCGAGGGGGGGUAGUGUGGAGGAGGAAGAAGAUGGGAACAGAAAGUGGAAUGGCAAAAGUGGUUUGAGAAAAGCAUGUGAAGCUGUGAAUGGCUGGACGAAAGACGAAGGAAAUACGGAUAGAAGAGGGGGGGAGACAAGAGAGGGAAGUCAAGAGGGUGCCGGAAUGGAGAUCAAUCGUGCCUUGGAUGAGCGGGGGGCGAGAUUGCAGGAGAACGGAAAGACGGCGGAGAAAGAGGAUGAGAAGAACGGGGGAAAGCAGAGUGACGCUGAGAAACGUGCAGAAGCACAUGCUUUCUCUAAAAAACCGGGAAAAACAAAUGCCGCAGCGCAGAGCUCACCAGAAAAGCAAUCUCCGUCAAACUGCCCCUCGGGAAAGGAUUCAGCAGCAGCAGAGAGAUCACCAGCAACCGCCACAGUGUACCUGCAGUACGGGACGAGUCUGUACGGGCCAGAGUACAGCUUUGAGGCGGAGCAGGGGUAUGCGGUGUGGCCGCAUGGGCAUGUGGACCCUCGCAUCAUGGCGUCCUUUGCUGCUCUCUGGCACCUCUUUGUCUAUGGCCGCGAGCCCCGGCACCACCCUAUAGCCUGUGCCAGCGUUCUGUACUGCUGGGGCAUCUCCCACCCGGCAUUGCACCCCCUGCGCCCCCGCCUCUCCCCCCACCUGCUUGCAUGCCUGAAAGCUGCUCUGGAUGGCAUACACGCGCGUUGUUGUGCUGUUAUUGAUGGGUUUGGAAGCCGGUUGGAGGAGGAUGAGGAGGAACUGGCAGGCUUGUUGGCGAGAGAGAGGAGGGGGUUGACAAAGAGGGUGGGGAAGAGGAAGAAUGUGAGGAGGGUUGUGGAGGGAGGAGGAAGGGAGGGUCCCGGAGAAGGGGAGGACGGUCGGAGGGAGGAAAUUAUUGAGAUUCAAGAGAAUGAGGGGAGUAAGGAAAGCGAGGAAAGUGAGAGUGAGGAGAGUGCGGAGGACGGAGGGGACAGGAAAGGGGGCAUAGCGGAGAGGGAGGCAAGGGAGAGGGAGGUGGUGUUGCGGUAUCGGAUAGGGAGGAAGAGGCUGGUGGGGGUAUUGGAGAGGAGACUGAGGAGGUCGCUUACAGGGGGGUUGAAGGGGAUGGGGGGAGGAGAGUUGGAAGAGAGGGCAGUCAUGGGGAGGUUGAUGGAAGGAAGCACCAUGUGGUAG